AUGGUGUACUGCAACACAUGCAAAACGGAUACAGACGCAUCCAGUGAAUGUGAGAUGGUGAAAUAUCCUCAGAUUUUGGCUCUGCUCCUCAACAGAAUUGAGAUUGACUACAACACUAUGUCAUAUGUCAAAUCAGACUGUGGUGUGAAUGUACCACUCACAAUACAGACAAAGAAAAAGGGGUACAGUCUGUAUGGGAUGGUGAAUCACAUGGGCAGUCUCAGUGGUGGACAUUACACAGCCACCAUCCUGUCUGAUGAGGACCAAGCCUGGUAUGAGUUUAAUGACAAUCGGGUCAGCAAGGUUGAACCAUUUGCAAAAGGCAGCACUUACUAUUCCCGCUCUGCAUAUCUGCUCGUGUACAGAGGAGAAUAAAAGUCAGAGGUAACUGUUCCAACAGGAAACCCAGGACAAGGCUGUUUUUUC